AUGUUCAGAUUUGGAAUACGACUGACCGCACGCAGGUCAAUUCCGUCGUUAAGGUUGUCCACAACUAGAUACUACAACUAUUCACACUUUCAGACACUACAUUCAGGCCCUUCCAAAUUUAGUCGCUUUAUCAAACUCAAUCUCUGGAUAGUGUCAUGUACGGCAUUUGCUUACUACAUGUGGUGGCCAAAACACACCUUCCCAUCUCCUGUAGCAAAGCAUUUGAGGAAAGGACUAUGGGCUGAAUCAGACAAGGGAGAAAAAGACUAUCAAUUGGCACUCAAGCAUUACUUGGAGGCUCUUGAAGAAUGUGGAAAAUUGAAGGUUGACCCGUUAUCAGACGAAUACACAGGCAUCCAGUUGAAGAUUGGUGAGAUGUACGAGAGAAUGGAUAGAACGGAAGAAGCUGCGUUUAUUUACAAUGAAAUAGCAACUCUUUACCUCUCUGUUUUAAAGGCAGCUCCUAAUUCACCGCUUGGUCUCCGAAUUCAUGGCUCAGUCCAUCGGGCUCAUCUAAUUCAGAAAGACUUACGAAUUGCGCUCAAGUUAGUGGAGCUCAAUCGUCUGAAUCCGCUGCUUUCUAAGGCAAUCCUCAUCACACACUUGCUCAUAGCUCAGGAAGAAGUCAACAAAAGAUUGGGUGCUGCAGCUGACACGGUUUCACUUAUGGACUCAGGUGAUCUUUUAGCCCAGAAAUCGUCUCACUCUUCUACUGAGGCACAGAAAUUAUUAUCUCAGCUCGGCAAAGGUACUGAAGACACAAAUGAAUCCAUGCAAACACCAAUUGUACUUGAGACUAACCCAGAGGCAUGGGAACCGUUUACUGAGGAGUUUUUCAAUGCGAUGGACAUUCUUUCCGCCAUUUGUAUCUCAGUUGGAGACGUUGAAACAGCUAGCGGUAUCCGUAUUUCAAUGGCAAGUAAAAUGCUCAUUGCCGGGGUAUCUCCAGAGAGACUCAUUUUGGCACAGUGUAAUACCGCAUCUCUCCUAUACUUUCAGGCAGAGCAACUUCAAGCCCAGGAACUCAAGUUACGUAAACAGUUUGCUGAGCUGGCUGAAGUUGAUCACGAGAAGCUCAAAUCUAUUCAUGACCAUUUGCAUCCAUUGACUAUUGGAGAAGAAGAAGCCCAGGAGAUUAAGGGCAAAAUUAACGACAAAGUUACAAAACAAGAAAAAGAGGCUUAUGAACAGAUUGUAAGAAACAAGGAUGAGCUCUUAAAAAUGGUGGUUGCAAUCUACGAGUCCGUGAUUGAAGGUUCCAAGCAAUUACCCCAGGAAGUUGUGCAAGAGAACACAAUUAUUUCCGAAUCUGUCGCUCUUGCAACAUACGGCCUUGGUGUGGUGAAUUUGCAUCUUGCUGAUUAUGACAUCGCGGAGAGAUUUUUAAGAGAAGCUCGCGUUCGGUCAAGGCGGUGUGGUUACGACGCUUUGAUUACAGAAAUCGAAAGAGAGCUCAACAAAUUGUUCGAGGAAAGAAAGUUGGUGAAUGCGAAGAAACGAGAUGAAGAUGUUCAACUUGAUAUUCACUUUGCCAAUUAG